AUGGCUUAAUAAGAAAUUCAAAGAAAAGCAAAAGCCUAUCUUGAUAAACACUAAAUCGAAGAAAUAUUGGGAGAUUUGGUAACCACAUUAUCCUAUCAUUAAAUGAAAAAUCCCAUAAUUUAUAUUGUACAUCAUUAAAUUAAUUGCAUAUUAGAUAAAAUAUUUAUGUACAGUUCAUUGUACGCCUAAAGAAUUGUAAGAAGCAGGAAUAUAAAUUGAUAGUAGAGAAAAAGUAGAAUAGCCAAUCCUUUGUUUGCCAUUUCCAAAUCUAUCUUAACAUUAAGGUUAAAUCAAAAAAUUAACAAAAGAGUAAUUUUAUUCUUGCAAAAAUAAAAUUACUGAUUAAGGAAAUAACUUUAGAUCUAUUUGUAAAUUAAUUUAAGAUAAUCCAAAAUCAAAACCAGGACUUUUUGCUGUUGAUCCAAGUUCAUAUCUCAUUUAUAGUGAUCUUUUUGAUCCUAUUGUUAAAGAAAAAGGCUAUCUAGGUACACCUAUUAAAGAUAUGUCUUAUACUCUUACAUCUUCAAUUCUAGAAGAUGUUAAACCAUUUUUAGAAGAAUCUAUAUUUGUUCUUAGAAGAAAUAUACCAAAAUAGAGAUUUGGUUCAACUAUAUAAAAUAGAUAAGCUUUAACUAAAGAAUUACUUUAAGUUCUAUCAAAAUAAUCUAUUAUUAAUUAUUCCUUACAUAAUGAUUUAUCGAUCAUGGCUUAAGAAGAUGUUAGGAAAUUAUAAAUUAAUGAUAAAUUGUUUAAGAAAAAAGAUCCAAAUCAAGCUAUUAUAAAUCAAAUUUUUAAAGGUCUACGUCAUCCUGAUUGGCCAUCUGAUAGAAUGGUACUCUAAUCUAAUGAUAAAUAAAAUAUUGUAUGGAUUAAUAGAGAAGAUCAUCUCAAAUUCAAAUUCCUUAACACCGAAAAAUCAUCCAUCACUGAAGCUUUAGACACUUGUUGUAAAAUGAACUAAUACUUAGACUCUAAAGAUUUAGUUAGUUUCGAUGAUAAAUUUGGAUAUCAUACUGUCAAACCCUAAUUUAGUGGUUUAGGACUUACUUUUACAUUAAAAUUUAAAUUAGAUUCAUAAUCAAUUAAUAAAAUUAAAUCAAAUAAUAAUAAUUUGAGUUCAAAAAUACAAAACAAAGUAUUUAAUGUUCAAACUAAAGAAAAAGAUAAAUACUUUACAAUAAAGUCGGAAAGAUGCACAGGAUUAACUAUGAAAUAAUAUGUUGAAUAACUUUGUUAAAUUCUCUCUAUAUUAUUCGAAGGUGUAAUUAAGAAGUCUGAAAAUAUUUCAAUUGAAAAGUUAUUCAAAAAUGAAACAUAAAAUUAACAAUAAUAAUAACUACAAAUUUAACCAAAUGUUAAAAUUGUUGAAGAAAACCAUUCUAAUUCUCCUUCAAAACCAGCUUCAUCACCAUCUCAUGUAGCUAUUGAUAUUAUUUAAAAUUAAUCAGAUGAAUAGGAUUAUUCAACAUUUCAUAAAAAAAGAUUAGAAGGUUUUUAGAAAAAAUAAAAAGAAAUGAAUAAAACAAAAUUCAAUAAAAUUUGUGAAUUAAAAGAAUUAGUAGAAUUGUUAAAGGAUGAUACUUUUUAUUUUUAAAAUUCUAAUCAUAAAUUUAUAAUUGUUAGAAGAAAUUUAAAAAUUAGAAGAAGAAAUAUUGAAGAGAUUAUUGGAUUAAAGAAUCAAUAAGCAUCAGAUUAAAUUCUAAAAGAAUGUAAUUUGAUUGGCAAUUGUGAAAAGGGAAUAUUUUAGUAUAAAUAUAAAGGUUAUGAUUAUUAUGUUGCGAUAGAAUUAGAUGAUGAUUUGACGUUUAUAUUUCCAAUAACAAAAAUCUCAAUAUCUCAACAAUUACAUAAAAUUUAAAGAAUAGUUGAUACUUUUAUUCCUAAAGAUUAUCAAUAUGCUUGGGAUAAUUAAUAUGGAUAUUUAACUAAUAAUAACAUUUAUUUAGGUAGUGGAAUCAGCAUAACUUGUGAUUUCCCUUAAUUUAUUCAAAAUGACAUUCCUAGCAUUUUAAAAGAAUUGAUAUUAGACGAUUCAAUAUAAAACUCGAAUAAUUAAUUUUUAACUCUUGUUUCUUUAAAUGAAUAUAAUCUUUAAAUUUAUAGAAAUGCUGUCAAUGAAAUAUUGCUCAAAUAAAAAUUGUUUAAUAAAACAAUAAAAAAAGCAGCAGAUAACUAAAUAUGUGAGAGCGAUUGUUAUCUAAAUAAUUUAUUGUGGGCUCCUUCCAAAAAGUGCUUUGAAGAUUUCGAAGGAUUAUAUACUUAAUAUAUUUCGAAUGUAGGUAAAAAUAAAUUUAUAACUAAGCAAUAGCAUAUUUUAAUGGAAAAAAUGUUGCCCCAUUUAAAAAUUAUGAUAAAAUUAAAUUUGAUGAGUAUAAAAUUCAUAUACCUUAAAAUCCUGCAAUUACUAAUAUUAAAUGCACAUUCUAUAGAAACUUUGAAUCAUUAAAAUACAAACAUGAGAUGUCUAUACAAGAUAAAGUUAAAAUGAAAGUAAAAAUAAUAAAAAAAAUUCAAGACUAAAUACAAUGAGUUAAUAAAGAAUAAUGGUUGGAAAUUUGGAAAAAUCCAUCAUUUGGAAAUUAUUUUCGACAGCUCCCCUCAAGAUUUUAUUUAAAAUUUUUGCCAUCAUUGGAAUUAAAUUAUUGAAUAAGGCAAAGAAUUUUAAAAAAACGGUAAUAUGGGAUUUUAAGGACCAAUUUUAAAUGAUAGUUUAUUAGAAGGAUUUUAAUUAGAAAUAAAAACAAAUAAACCAAUAAAUCCAGAAUUAAUAAAGAUUUAUAAUUAUAAACCUUCUAAUCAAAGAAAUGGUUUCUUAAACUAAGAAGAGACAAUAACCACAAUUAUUAGUAAUAGACCAUGUGUUUUAGAAUUUGAAUUAAAUUUGAUUUAAGAAUUAUUGUGA